GCUACGUCCAGAGCCUUUGAGAAUUUGCCUACGCCUUCCGGGAGAGCUCUCCCCUGUCGUUGUUUGGCCAAUGCCAGCCUGAUCGCGGUGGACUUGGCUUGGGGCAUUUGGAGGUUGGGUAUCUGUCCUUGCCUCGUUGUCCUUUGCGCUGCCGCCUUGGCCUCUAAGCCCAAGGCAAAGUUGGCUUCCGCUGGGAUCCAUAAGAAGUCGACCGAGUUCCCUUUUUCUUGGUGCUGUCUAGCCAACUCAUAGAUUUAUCGUAUAGUGCCUUGGCCAGACUGCUAUUGCAGUUGCCUAAUUGCUACUAGCGCUGACUAGUUCCUGGUGACGAUGGUGAUAUAUCUAUGGCGGGCGUUGGCCGGAAUCCUCUCCAAGGCCAUUGCGAUGGCUGCUAGUUCUACUGUAUAUAGGUUCUGCUCUUCCCUCGUGCCAAGAGUUAUAGCAAAUCUUGUCACGGUCUCGCUAGUCCUAUUAAAGAGACUGGUUACAAUCACGAUGCCUAUGGCUCUGUUGGCUAUCUUGGUCGCCUUCUCUCGGUCAGCUUUAAUCAUCGGCUAUAGGCGAGGUGCCCAAGGAGCGAUAGUAUAUUUCUGGAUUGUUUCUAUCCGUUCGGUUUUUAUUCCUUCUACUAUAUAGGCGAUCUUUUAAAACGGGGAAACAAAUCGUACUAUUGUCCGGAUUUUCUUCCAAGCUAGGGGAUAAGUCCCAGGCAAUAUCUAAAUAUUGAUCUAUAGUCUGGCUGCCGCCUGAGCGUAUUAUUCUCAUACGGGGAGAAUGCUCGCUUCAGCCUUUGCUACGACCAUCGCCACGGUCCGAAAGACUCCUGUGAUUGCCAGGGCCCUGAUCUUCUACGCCCUAUUCAGCCAGCUCAGUGCCUUUUCGCCGCAGGCAUAUAUCCAGACACUGGCAGCGGAGUCUAUGACAGGGGCUACUAUUGCGAUAAACAGUUGUCUCGCUAUCUAUGGGGAAAGCAUCUUUAGUCUCUUCAGGGCUAGAGCGGCUAUAAGAUCCUUAGCUGCCGUCCUAGUAAUAUGUUGCUUAUAGCGGAGUUCGUAGUCUAUAAUAACCCCUAGGAUCUUUGUACUUCCCUAUGGUUUGACCGUAUCCCCUUUGACUAUAAACGGCCUUUCUAAAGAUCACUCUUUGUUCCUUAUAAAGUAUACAAUGGCUAUCUUUUCGCCCUCAAACUAGGUGCUGCUUUGUCUUCCCUAAUCUAGGGCUCU